AAGCGGCAGCUGGCCCUUGCUAUUUUGCUUGCUCUCUGUCCCCUGUUCCCUCCUCUCCUCCCCCACCAUCGCCUUCCGCUUCCUCCCCCUCUUCCGUUUCCGCCGGCCCAUCCCCUCCUCCGCCGCCGCCUCGCUCCUCCGCGCCGGCACCGUGUCUGUGGAGCUCCCGCUGAUGGAUGCGAUGGAUUCGGUUGUCGUCAUGGAGGUGGCGCCGGUGCCGGACCCGCUCUUCGUCGGUGCCACUCCUCUGAUCCUGGCGCCACCGGAGUCGGAGCUCGUGCUGCGCCGCAGCGCCCGCUGCCUCAGCAGGCCACGCGUCCCAGUCUACGCGGAGCCUGUGGAGCCCAAGCAGUCCACCGGCCGCCGGAGCCGCCCCAAGAAGAAGAGGGAUGCGGAGAACCAGGACCCGUCUCCGCAGGUCGCGGCCAAGGUGCCCAGGAAGGCCGCCAAGGUCGAGCCAAAGGAGAGGAAGCCGAUGCCGGUGGUUGCGCCGGAACCGGUUCCUUCGGCUGAUCUCACCGGAGCUGCUGCUGUGGAGGACGAUGCCCUAGGCACGGGGAAGAGUGCCAAGCUGCGGGUCAAGGAAACCUUGCGUGCCUUCAACAGCCACUACCUCCACCUUGUCCAGGAAGAGCAGAAAAGAGCACAGGCUGUGAUACAGGAGAUUCAAGCCAAAGGAGCUGCCAAAAAUAAGGAUGGCAAGAAAGGCGGCGAAGGUGAGACCAAAGAAAAGCGCCCGUCAAAGCGGCCUGAUUUGAAAGCAAUUACAAAGAUGCAAGAAAACAACUCUGUGCUUUAUACGGAGAAGGUGUUGGGGCCAAUACCAGGGAUCGACGUCGGGGAUCAGUUUUAUUCUCGUGCAGAGAUGGUUGUCUUGGGCAUUCACAGCCAUUGGCUGAAUGGAAUUGACUAUAUGGGAAUGAAAUACCAAGAAAGGAAGGAGUACGAGAACUUUACUUUCCCCAUGGCAACUUGUAUCGUCAUGUCAGGGAUAUAUGAAGAUGAUCUGGACAAGGCUAAUGAAAUUAUUUAUACCGGUCAAGGAGGAAAUGAUUUACUCGGUAACCAUCGCCAAAUUGGUUCUCAACAACUGAGCCGUGGAAAUUUGGCAUUGAAGAAUAGCAAGGAUAAUGGCAAUCUGAUACGAGUUAUUAGAGGUCAUGUGGAUAAGACUACCUACACUGGCAAAAUCUACACAUAUGAUGGCUUGUACAAGGUUGUAGAUGACUGGGUACAGAAGGGAGUACAAGGACAUGUUGUAUACAAGUAUAAAUUGAAGAGGCUUGAGGGUCAGCCGUCGUUGACAACCACUGAGGUGCGAUUCACUCGUGCGGAAGCUCCCAGAAAGAUUUCUGAAUUACCUGGGUUGGUUUGUGAUGACAUCUCUGGAGGACAGGAGAACAUUCCAAUUCCUGCUACUAAUGUGGUCGACGACCCACCUGUUCCUCCAUCUGGUUUUGUGUACUCCAAAUCACUAAAAAUCUCGAAGGGCAUAAAGAUUCCAUCUGAUUGUGCUGGCUGUGACUGUGAAGGGGAUUGCGCUAAUAACAAAAACUGUUCAUGUGCUCAACUUAACGGCUCCGAUUUGCCUUAUGUAUCAUUCAAGAAUAUUGGCAGGUUGGUGGAGCCCAAAGCAGUUGUAUUUGAGUGUGGUGCUAACUGCAGCUGCAACCGAAACUGUGUUAAUAGAACAUCUCAACAAGGGCUGCAACAUCGGCUAGAGGUGUUUAAGACAGCUUCCAAAGGAUGGGGUGUUAGGACCUGGGACACGAUCCUCCCGGGGGCUCCAAUCUGUGAAUACGUUGGCGUGUUGAGGAGGACCGAAGAAGUGGAUGGUGUGCUACAGAAUAACUACAUAUUUGACAUUGAUUGUCUUCAAACUAUGAAGGGUUUAGAUGGACGGGAGAAAAGGGCAGGGUCUGACAUGAACAUGCCAUCACUUCACGCUGAGAAUGAUUCUGAGGCACCACCGGCACCGGAGUACUGCAUCGAUGCUGGCUCUGUCGGAAGUUUUGCAAGGUUCAUAAACCACAGCUGUAACCCUAACCUGUUUGUCCAGUGCGUCCUAACCAAUCACCACGACGUCAAGCUAGCAAAGGUGAUGCUUUUUGCCGCUGACACCAUACUCCCACUUCAGGAACUCUGCUACGACUAUGGCUAUGUCCUGAACAGUGUUGUUUCUGCGGAUGGUGAAAUCGUGAAGCUGCCAUGCUACUGUGGUGCCCCUGACUGCCGCAAGCGACUCUACUAGCGGAGCUCUUCUGUUCUGGAUUUUGGAGGAAGCAGAAGUAUAUGUAGUAUUGGGGACAUGAAUGUGGCCAUACCUGCUGUGUAUAUGACAAGCAGGAUAUCCUAUGAUUAUUAGCAAAAGAAGCACAUUCUCAUUUUGUCAGGGUAGAUGACAUGCUGGAGAUGCUAAUUAUAUUUAGCAAAGGAAGUUUGUCUAAGUGGUGACAUGCUGGUCAUGAUGGCAUGAUAUUUUGUGAACAACUGAUCCAUAUAAGCGAUGGAAGGUUUAACCGAUCUUUA